AACCCCUUCCCUAUCUCUCUUUGUUAUUCUCUCUGUCUUUGAUAUUCUUCGUGAUUUUCUUUCCUGGUUUCUUUGGUGUUAUUUGGUUCUGCAUGAUAUAUGAUCCAAAGUUUGUGUUUUUUUUUUCGUUUGUUUUCUGUGAUCGGUGGAGAAAGGUUUCAUCUUUAGAUCUGUGAAAUGUGUGAUUCUCAUGUGCCUUUGACUUUUUUUUUUAAUCUUUAAUAAUGGGAACUCUUUGUGUUAAUGUAGAAUGUAAAUCGAGGAUUAAAUACUGUUCUAUUCAUAUGAGUCAUUGAAUGCCGUGAAUCAUAGUUCCUAUGGAUGGUUAUGCUUGCAUUCAUGAAUUGGUUUUUGUUGGUAUGAGUGUAGUUUCGGAUCAGAUGCAUCGAGGAAGGUAAAAGGUGACUGAUUUUAUGGAAACAAAAAAAUGGGGAAAGAAGUAUUGGCAGUAGGUUAGAGUGAGAAUCAUAAAUGAGAUUAAUUUAUGAAAUACCGAGUGUAUAUGGUCAUUGAGCUAAUUGGAAACGCGGUUUUUUGUUUCUCCUUUUGGUUUGUUGUUCAGAAUGAUGAUUUGCUAUGCGUUUUGAACAGUUCCAAAAAGUUUAUUUCAGUUGUGAUGACAUGAGUUGGGAGUUGGAAAUUGGAGCUGUAGGGGGUUUUUCUUCUAUGUCCUAAACAAGGCAGUAAAUGUUCCACCUCCCGACUACUUUUAUGUUCUCUUGUGAAUGAAAAAGUGUUUCUGAAGGUUGGGGUGUUCUCGUUGAUUACAGCUUGUGGUAGAGUUGAGACUUGUUGAUGUGGUUCAGAGGAGAAGACAUUGUAUUUUUGUCUAUUUCUCUACUUCUGUUUCUUGUGCAGAGUGGAGCAGGAAGUGCCGAUGAAAUUUUGAUUAUUCUUAUGGUGAAGGAUAUUUAGAGACUCAAAUCUGUGCUGUGUUAUUCCGACUUCAUUUGCCACGUUAGUUUAUGAGAGGAAUAGAUUCUUAGCCUGAAGAAGGGGGUGAUGCUAAGGGGAUGUGUGUGAGAGCAGUCUGAUAGAAACCAGAGGACAUUCCGCCCAAAAAAGAGCGCCCCUUCUGGGAGUAAGGGGGCUCAGCUUAGAAAACACAUUGAUGCAACACUAGGCAGUGGGAACCUAAGAGAAGCAGUCAAACUUCCAACUGGAGAGGAUUUAAAUGAGUGGCUUGCUGUCAACACUGUGGACUUCUUUAAUCAAGUCAAUUUGUUAUUUGGUACCCUCACAGAGUUUUGCACUCCUGAAAAUUGUCCUACAAUGACUGCAGGCCCCAAGUAUGAGUAUAGAUGGGCUGAUGGUGUACAAAUUAAGAAACCUAUUGAAGUUUCUGCUCCAAAAUAUGUUGAAUAUUUGAUGGACUGGAUUGAAUCUCAACUUGAUGAUGAAUCUAUAUUUCCUCAAAAGCUUGGAGCACCAUUCCCCCCUAAUUUUAGGGAGGUUGUGAAGACAAUAUUUAAAAGACUGUUCCGCGUAUAUGCCCACAUAUACCACUCUCAUUUUCAGAAAAUCGUGAGCCUUAAGGAAGAGGCCCAUCUAAAUACUUGCUUCAAGCAUUUCAUUCUAUUUACCUGUGAAUUUGCCCUAAUAGACAAGAAGGAGCUAGCUCCACUUCAAGAGCUUAUAGAAUCCAUCAUUGUUCCAUAUUGAGCUGGCUUUUGGAUAUCCCAAUGGGGAUGAAUGAUUCAAUAAAUCGCUCCUUUUACAGUGUUAUACAUUUGCAUAUUGUAAAAGCUUCUUGUGCAUAUGUUGUGUGCCUUAGAUUUGAAGUUCUGUUAAUUUUAUAUGGAACAAAAAUCUUUGGAAAGCAAACGGGUUGCUGGGCAAAUCACUGUCAGCAGAAAUCACCGAAGAUUUACCGAGCUGGUAUAACAUGGACGAACAUAUGAUGAAUAUGGCAUUUGUUUUUGUUUGCUGUAUUUCAAAACUAUUGACACCGAUUUCAGUUUAAAACUGGUUUGGAAAUAAAUUUUCAAGUGGUUGAAGUGA